UGCUUAAAAGUUUUCAAAUCAGAACUUCACGCACACUCACUCUCUCUCCCCCUCUCUCAUCUUUACCAUCGAUCCUGCUAGCAACGACGGCCAGACAAGAGGCUUCGACUGCAGCAACCUCCGAGGUACCUUUUCAACCCAAGUUAGGAGACCAAGUGGUGGUGAUUCUUUUGAAGGGUUUACAAGUUGGAAGAGCGAAAGGUUGCAAUUCAAGAGUAUCUCUUGCAACAAUGGCUUCCAUUUUUUUGGAAUGAGGGACCCGACAUUCAAGUAACCACUGGAAGUUUCUUCAGGUUUUGAAAUUUAUUCCACAGCAAAACGAGAAUUUCAAGAGGCAAAACAAGUCACCAACCGAAGCAUCAGCCAGAUAUGGAAGAGGAUAAAAAAAAACAGAAGCAUCAGCCAAAUAUGGAAGAGGAAGGCAAAAAAGAGCAGGCAGAAUCCCCAAUAGAUUCACAGCAGACAAUUUCUUCUGAUGAUGAAAUCGACUACUCCGUCAAACCAGAAUUUUAUGAUCCUAGUCUUGAUGACAAAGAUGAAUUGUGGGUUCAAAAGAAAAGGAAAGGUCAAUAUUCUGAUGCUGUGCUUAGCUGCCCAGCUUGCUUUACCACCGUAAGUCUUGAGUGCCAAAGGCAUGAAAAAUAUGUUACACAGUACAGGGCAGUUUUUGUUUUCAACUGCAAGAUCAAGACUGAUGAAGGGUCAAAUGUAGGGAGUGUAAAACGAAAAAGGGGCAAAAGAGGGAGAAAUGCAGGUGACAACGAGGCGGGUUCUGCUGGUGGUGAAACAUUUAAGCCAGUAUGCUGCUCAGUUUGUUCAACGGAUAUCGGAGUAAUUGAUGAAGAAGAGGUCUAUCAUUUCUUCAAUGUUCUUCCCAGUGAAUGUUGAUAUCUCUAGUUAAUUACUAACAACAUGGAAGAGCUUUGUGUUGCCCGUGAUCACUUCAUUAUGUGAAUGUCUUUCUGCUAUAAUUGCAAAACAGAGAAACUGUGGUUCUGCGAUGGGUAUUUUUGCAAGUGUCAUUGCUAACUUGGAUAUAUGCUUUUGCAUGUCUCAGCUGCUAUGUAACUUGGACUUAUGUGGGAAUAUUGGGUAUGGGUACUUGUCCUAGUGUCAAACUAUCCUCUGCUCAACUUAUUUUAGAAUAGUGGAACAUGUGUAUAAGGGUAGGGUUGGGUGCAAAGACACAUCUUGAACCCUCGUAUGUAACGUAUCUAGUUUCUUAGACGAAACAUCGCAAUUUAUUACUAAAUGUGGGUGAAAUCAAAUGAAAUUAAGUUGAAAUAA